AUGCCGGCACCGGCACCCACUACCACAACCGACCAUCCUCCUCCCGUCUCCCGUCCACCACCGCCAUCCCUCGAUCCUCUCUGGCGCCAAGCCGGUUUCGCAGGUCCAUACCUACUACUCGAACCUCUUCAGACCUUGUCCCUGUUCAUGGAGACACCACUGAAAAAAGGAAAGAAGGCGUGCACUGAGUGCCGUCAGCAAAAGGCAAAAUGUGAUGUCUACUUGGACCCAGAUCAGCCCUGCACCCGAUGCCGCAAGGUGAAUGCGAACUGUGUCAUCUCCGACCCCUUCAAGAGAGAGCACAAGCGCAAGCGGCUCUCCGAGCUGGAACGGGAAUCGGAAAAUCUGCGACGCAAGCUUCGGGCAUCGCAGCCAGCAGAUCUCAGUCCCCACCCCUCGCCGAUCGCCCUCUUGACAGCGGCAGCAGAGAUGGGCGCGCAUUCAAGACCAGGAAGUCACUCGGUUUCUGGGUCCUCGCAUACCCCGCUCGAUUCGUAUUCGCCGCACUUGUUGGCUCCAAAUGGCCUCACGCACAGGACCCCGGCACCGGCACCGGUAUUGGACGCGGCUGGCACGACCAAGCCCCGGAGCUUGAAUGGGGUACAGGUGCAAGCAGAGGAAAUUGAUGACCUGUUUCGAUUAUUCUUCCAGCACUAUGCUCAAUUCCUGCCCAUCUUAGACCCCCAGACUUCACCAAAUACCUACUAUGCACAAUCGCCCUUCCUAUUCUGGACGAUCAUUGGAGCAGCAUGUCGUUCAUACUCUCGGAAUCCUACAUUGCUGACGGCAUUGGCUCGAAGUGUAAUAGAGAUGGCAUUCCUCUCGGCCUUGUCUGUCUCGCCACCCUGGCACACCAUUCAAGCACUCCUGCUCCUCCUGACAUGGCCUUUCCCCAAAGGUGAUCAUCCGGACGUGACAUUCCCAUUAUGCGGGAUCUUGCUUCACAUCUCCAUGCAAAAUGGGCUGCAUAUCCCCAUGUCGAGUCAUGAGUUCUCACGGGUCAAGAUCCCGGCACCAUCCGAGGCGGACCUACUCCGUCGCUCUGAGCUGUGGGCACACACAGUUAUCAUGUAUCAACGGGUCUGCGUGCUCAAGGGACAGUUACCCCGGGCCCUUAUGAACCACGGCCAAGAUCCCACAUAUCGACAGGUGUUGGUGGAUAAGAUUGCGCCGUGGAUGGCGCUGAAAAUUCGAUGUCAAGAGGUUAUUGCAAAAUGCAGCGAGGCAGUUACCGAAAACGGCCUACGGUCCAUGUCUCUCGAUCAAGAGCGAGCGUUGGACAUUCUCCUACGCACCUAUGAAAGCCAGGUAGAUGAUCUGGAACUACGGGCUGUAACAGAUGAUGAGAGGUUUGACACCGGCCUCUGCCGAAUGGCCGUUCAAAGUUUCCAUUUUUUCAAGAACCAAACUCUCGUCUCCAGUGGAUGCUAUCCACGGAUUCUUGUCACGGCGUGCAGCUUGAUUGACUACGUCCAGGUGCUUGCCGAUCGAUUUGGGUUCCUAUCAAUGGCCCCCGUUCACAUUAGCUUUGCACUGUUCUUAGCUUCCUCAUCCUUGCUGCGCAUCUUAAAAAGCAGCGUGGCCUCUCAAGGCUUGGAAACCGGUCGCGCGCGAGCGUCCCUUUUCACAGCGAUCAAUCUGGCCAAGCAGAUUUCCACCGACAGUGCCGAUAUAGCUGCCAAGACAGUGCUGGUUCUCAGUUCGAUCUGGAAUAGUAAUAAAGCAUUUCGCCGGGCCGACGGGUCGGAUUAUACGGCCCUGCGCAUCCGCGGUCGCCUCGUGCUCAGUCCCAUUCUCGAUGCUGUCUGGUGGUGGCGGGAUGAAUUUGAUCCCCAGUCGCGGGCCGUACGGUCGGUGGUGGAACCUGCUAACGGUAUUGUCUAUUCUCGUUCACGGUACCUUGCUACUGCUGAUGGAGGCGUAGGUGGUGGAUCAGAUACCAACCCCGAUCUUUCUGGCGGGAUGAUGGCGCCCUCCGGCGUGAUCACUGACCAAAGUGCAUUCCAUCUGGAUGAGCAAUUCCUCGCCGAUUUCGAAUGGGCACUCGGCGACGAGGCGCUGUUCUCGCUGGAUCCGACACCCUCGACAUGGCCGUCGGCGAACAAUCUUCUCUAA